AUGGGUUACACUUACUUAAAUAUCGAUGAUUGUUGGGCAUAUCAACGAGAUGAACAUGGAAUAAUUCAUGAGGAUACAAACACAUUUCCGAGUGGAAUAAAAGCACUUGCAGAUUAUGUACACUCAAAAAACUUAAAAUUCGGCAUAUAUUCGGAUGCUGGAAAUAAAACGUGUGCAGGUCGUCCCGGUUCACUUGGUUUUGAAACGCAAGAUGCUGAAACAUAUGCGUCGUGGGGAGUAGAUUAUUUAAAAUAUGACAACUGCAAUGCUGAGCACAUUGUACCGAUGUUGAGAUAUCCAAUAAUGAGAGAUGCGCUGAACAAAACUGGUCGUCCAAUUUUUUAUUCGAUGUGUGAAUGGGGAGAAUUUCUACCUUCACUUUGGGCAAAGAAAGUUGGCAAUAGUUGGAGAACAACGCCGGAUAUUAGUGAUAAAUGGGCAACAAUGUUAUUGAUUAUUGAUGCUAACAAUUUAUUUGCUGAAUUCGCUGGUCCAGGUGGAUGGAAUGAUCCGGGUAAAAUGGUUGCUCUUUUAAGUGGAGGGGUGUCAGAAUGUCAGUAUGCAGUGUAUUCUCAAAAAGAGACUAUUUUUUUCAAACUUGCUGGGUUUGCUGGGCUUGAUAUGCUUGAAAUUGGUAAUGGUCAUAUGUCUUCAACAGAAUAUAUUUCUUACAUGAGUCUCUGGGCUAUAUCAAAAGCUCCACUGUUAAUCGGUUGUGAUGUGACAAAUAUGAGUGCCGAUACUUUGAAAAUACUGGCAAAUCAAGAAGUAAUCAAAGUAAAUCAAGAUGCAUUGGGUGUGCAAGGUAGCAAAAUACGAUUAGAUUUAGAAAAUGAUUUAGAAGUAUGGGCUGGUCCACUAGCAGACGGUGCUCAAGUAGUUUUGUUAUUGAACCGUAGUUUACGGACACAAGGAAUCACUGUUUUUUGGAAUGAAAUUGGAUUCAACAAAACACAAAUAGCAACAGUAAGAGAUUUAUGGAAACAUGAGGAUCUUGGUGAUUUUCAGCAAUAUUAUAAUGCAACAGCAAUCGACGCUCACGCUGUCGUCAUGUUGAAAAUAAAACCAAAACUAUAA